GCAGAAUCAGCUUACAAUCUAUACCAAAUGGAUUAAAACUGCACUCGCAAACACCCGAAAUGAAAGCUUAACGGUAAMAAUCUCUCGAGCUUAUAAUGUUUGAAAAUAGCUAGCGAACAAAUCUKCGAAUGACUUGAGAUCCUUGAGAGACGUUGCCAUGGGACAUGGUUCAAGCGUCCAUCGMAGUCAGGGGAGCACCUURCAAACGACAGUCAAUGCUGUGGUUAAGUUUAAAGCUAAUGCUAGACAGCAUGACAGCGGAGAGUCAUCAGGAUUAGAUCUGACAGUCAGCGGAAAAUCAAAGACUGUAAAUAUAGCAGAGAAUGCUGAAAGCGAUAAAGUCAUCCAGAACUCCAAAGAAAAACCAAGAAACAUUGCGAGCAAAAAGAAAGCUAGUAAUACAGAGAAAAAGAAAACAACAGGCGCAAAUUCAAAUAAAAAUACCAAAAAUAAAGUUACUGGUAAUGCAAGCAGGGUAAAGAAAAGUAGUGUUGCUGGGGAAACCAAGAUUGCUGCUCCUGCUGCUUUAAAAUCCCCUAAAGCAAAACCAGAAGAAAGAUGUGCACUUUCUGAACAAAUUGAAAAGAUUCUUUAUGGUGCAAUGGAUCAGAAAUGUCCAGUAACUACAAAACUGAUAAGAAUAUUUAUCAGUUCCACAUUUACAGAUACUGAACACGAACGCAAUGCUUUGAUGGAAAAUGUGUAUCCAAAGCUAAAAUCCUUUUGCAAAGCCCAUGGCUAUGGAUUCCAGGUAGUUGAUAUGCGCUGGGGAGUAAGAGAUGAAGUCACAGACAUGCAUGAAACAACAGAAUUAUGCAUUCGAGAGAUUAGGAAAUGUCAACAGCUAUCYGCUGGACCUAACUUUAUUACUCUCUUAUCAGACAAGUAUGGUUACUGCCCAAUUCCUAACAAGAUUGAAGCUCAAGAAUUUMAAACGAUUCUGGCAGGUGUUGAAGACCAGAGCACAAUGGAGCUGUUUUCAAAGUGGUAUAAAGAAGACCUAAAUGCCAUUCCUGUUUCCUAUAUUCUCCAACCUGUAAGCUUUUGGUUUCCAGAAUACUUUGCAAAUGAACUCAAUGACUUUGUCAAGAACAAAGUGCACCAGGAAUGCAACAGUGAAUUUGAACAGCUAAAGAAAUCUCUCAUGAAUGCUGUUCRAAAGGUUUUUCCUGAUGAAGAAAAGUUUCGACAAUAUGCACAAUCAGUUUCUGAGGCAGAGAUCAAGGAAGGGAUUCUAAAUUCGUCUUGUGAUACCAGUAAAUAUGGAUGGUUUCGCCGACAGUUCACAGACUUAAAUCUCACUUCCCAGCCAGAAAGUCCUGACAUUUUAAAGUACAUUGAUAGAACAGAAGAGGACGAGAAUGGUGUCAAUAUCGCGCAACUGCAAGACAACUUAAAAAGCGAGUUAACGAAGGCCGUAAAUGCACAAAAUAUCUCCGUCUACUCGUUGAAAUGGACUAAGAACGGAAUUGAUCCUAACAGUGGAGAACACAAGAAGUAUUUGGAACAAUACUGCAAUGAUUUCCAGGCCAUGCUAACACGAAUGAUUACCAAGAGCAUAGAAGAAAACAAAAACACGGCGCUUGAAAGUCCUUUGUAUCAAGAGGUCUGUCAGCAUGUGCUGUUUUGCCAAAGUAAAGUAGAAAUGUUUUAUGGUAGAAAAGCUACUUUACAGAGGAUUUGUGAAUAUGUUAAGAGUUCUUCUCACACUCCUUUGGUGUUGCAUGGAAAAUCAGGUUGCGGGAAAACUUCAAUUAUUGCUAAAGCUGCUCAACUUGCACAGGAAUGGACAAAGAAAAAAAUCUGCAUCGUGUUAAGGUUUCUGGGUACAACCGCGCGAAGCUCGUCAAUUCGACAACUUCUCAACACCAUACUACAACAGAUUAAAUUUAUGUACAAUCUGGACACCAAAGUACCAAAAGGUACAAAAAGUUUAGUGCAAGCAUUCCCAUCCUUCUUGUCUUCGGCCACAAAACAGAAACCACUAGUUGUUCUUCUAGACUCCUUAGAUCAACUGUCGCCAAAUGGUGGAGGGCGACAACUGUCRUGGCUCCCAAGAACUCUUCCUGACAAUGUUAAAAUUGUUGUUUCUACUCUACCUGAUGUGCAGUAUCGCUGUUACCCAAAACUCAGGGCAUUUUUUAAAGACCCCAAGACCUUCAUCGAAGUUCCAAAUCUACCAGAAAGUGACGUACGAGAUAUCUUAACGUCGUGGCUGAAGAUGAAAGGAAGAUGUCUCCAACCAGACCAGUUCAAGUGUAUAGAAGAAGCGUUCGUACAGUGCCCAUUACCUUUGUUUCUCAAGCUUUCUUUUGAUGAGGCUUGUUUAUGGCAUUCGUACAUGCCGCCUGAGCAAACACGCUUGCAAGCGACUAUACGAGAUGCUAUCAACACUUUGUUUGAACGGACAGAGCGCCGACAUGGAGAGCUUUUAGUUCGUUAUGCUCUUGGUUACGUAACAGCAGCUCGUAGUGGUCUCACAACCAACGAAUUAGAGGAUAUCUUAUCUUCAAAUGACGAAGUACUCGAUGAUGUUUUCCAAUACUGGGAGCCGCCAAUACGCCGACUACCGCCAUUAAUUUGGGUACGAAUACGUGCAGACCUUGAUUCGUAUCUCGUGUCCAGGGGAGCUGARGGGGCACGUGUAACCAACUGGUAUCACCGUCAAUUCACCGAAGCUGCCAAAGCUCGUUAUCUUUCAGAUGACCUUCAGAGGAUCAGAAUACACUCUGAUAUUGCCAGCUAUUUUAUUGGACAGAAUGUCGAUGAUAACGCCGCCAGCAAUGGCGGAGCGUCCACAGGAAAACUGAUAUAUUCACGCUUGUCAAGUAUAGCAUCCCAGCCAAUUAAACUAUCGCGCAAUCAAUACAACUUGAGAAAGCUUCAUGAGCUCCCAUAUCACCUCAUCAUUAGUAAACARUGGGMUGUUCUUAAAGMGAAAGUWCUCUGUAAUUAUGAAUGGCUUGAAGCAAAGAUUCGCGCAAGGUCACUCAGAGAUGUCCUAGACGACUUUCAUCAGGCUGCAGAAAUGUACGCUGACCAGGACAUCGCUGACGUUAACGAGUUGUUAGAACUAGGGAAAAACGCAAUUGUGUCAGACUCCAGACAGUUAGCCUCGCAGCUUGUUGGCCGUCUGUAUGACAAACAAGUUCAAGAUUCAUCUUCGUUAUAUUCUUCGUCGCUAAGUAGUACACUAACCAAACUCCUUGAGGACGCUCAUAGUCCAGAGGAGCCGAGUCUACUGCCAAACCGUGCGUUUCUUACGCCACCAGGAGGUCAGUUGGUMAGAACUCUAGUAGGACAUAAAUCAGGUGUUCAUGGACUGGCAAUUUCACAUGAUGGAAAUUAUCUAGUCUCAGGUUCACAGGAUGGUUCAGUCAAGGUGUGGUCGAUGAAAGACGGUCAAUUAAUGGUGUCUGUCACGGAUCUUGGCGAGGAUGUCAAUACUAUAAAAUGCUGUAAUGAAGACAAACACAUUGUAACAUCGUCUAAACGAGGUUUGGCUGUGCUUGACUUCGAUACUGGAGAGAUUCUUAGAAGUUUCAAUGUAAAGUACUUUGAUCUUCCUCCGCCUUUUACAUUGGUUGGUCUCAAUGGAACAAUAGCAGUAACAUUCACCGAGAAGAGUCUUAAAUCGUUUGACAUUUCAAAUGGAAACACUACUAUGAAUCUAACCGAYAUUCAACCAGUUGGUAAAGCUGGCCAGAACAGCUUACUCGCUUCCUACCACAACACAGUGCUUUGUAACUCUAAGAAGGAUGAAAAUUCUCUAAAUGUUAUUGAUGUAAAACAAUCAAAAGUACUUAGAUCUUUUGUAAUUUUUGACAAUGAUGACGAUGAAAGUUUUCUCAAUUUAACUGACAUUGCGAUGAGACAGGACGAUGAARUAAUCGUAGCGAAGAAGAUGAGAGUUGACCUUUAUGAUGUCCUAACUGGAGCUAAAAUCAAGAGCAUUCGUUGUAAGCUGGAUGACUGGAUAAGUCACAUGUCCAUUUUACCAGAAACCGACCAAUUGGCUUUUCCUAAAAGAAAUAGCUUUUCUUUGCUGAAUCUCAGCACAGAAGAGCGACGGGAAGUCUCAGAAAAGUCCGACUCCAUCUCAAGAACCGUACUUGCUGCAGAAGAUGUUAUUGUCACAUCCGGGGGAGACAAUAUUGUUCGUGUGUGGGAUCUGACAAGGAAGGACGCCCGCGAAACAGGAAAGCCAGAGACUUUAUUGCACAUUUACACAGUGCCUAACGACCCUCGUCAUAUUAUCACCGUGGGGAGACUGGGAAUGGACAAUCACGUGAUUACUGCCUGGGACUUGUCUACUUUUCUUCCAGUGUGCAAAGUUAAUAACAUACAAUCUAAUUACAUCAAAAUCAUCAGCGAUCGAAGAGCUGCUCUUCGCGUCGAGAACCAAGUAGCCAUAAUAGAUCUUGGCGCAUGGAAAGUACUGCGUUUUCUCAAAGGUAAAAUUCCCGACUUCAUGAUUGCUGGCACACCAGACCUCUGUGUAAUAAACGAGAAAAGAGAAAUUGUGACGUACGCGUUUGAUUACAAACGUCUUAAAGUAUACGACAUUGAAACUGGAGAUGAAACUGGGGAGAUGGUUAACUCCCGAUGCGAAAACACAAUCCAAGCUUUCAUCGUGAGUCAGAAAGGCAAUGUUUUAGCACUGAAUGACGAGAAGCUUGAUAUGAUUUACAUAUGGGAUGUGAUCAAUCGGCAGCUUUUAUUUCAUAUCCAGCGUGAUGGCUACACGAGUUAUACGUUGACGUUGGCUGCGUUUACUCCCAAUGACAAGAUGUUUGUAGUCGCUUUGAGAAAACCAGACGACUGCAAACAUCCUUCGGUAUGGAACYUGGAAACAAAGACUCUGGUCCAUGACUUGAGAUAUCCCAAAGACACUGAUACCCGGUCCCUCGCAAUCAUUGACGACCGAAUGGCAUUGACUACACAUAAAGACACGGCUAACAUUGUUAUAUGGGAUCUCGUCAAUGGAAUCGCUUGCCAUGUGCUUCCCAGCAUGCACUACGGUCCACGGAUUGACGUAGCCAGUUCCGGUGGACGCUAUGCGCUGACCCAUGAUGGCAAAUCCAUAGUAUUAUGGGAUAUCCAGGAAGGAAAACAGUUGUCGAGCUUUACUGCCGAAAAGAUCACCACAGUGCAGCCAUUGUUUGAUGGUGACGUCAUUGCAGUUGGUUGUGAAAGUCUUCUACCUUUGGUUGUCCUAAGAAGACAAGGCAGAGACUUGAAACCAUACCAGUGCCCUGUCGAAGGAACUAGAGCCAUGACUUUCCCUGACAUGAAUGUCACCCUUGAAGGAAUCAACCAAUAGCAAACAGAUACCAGAUAUAUAACGAUGGAAAUAGUAUGGUGGCUAAUCAACCUAUGAAACAAAGCCGAUUAAUAUAACUUCACCUUUGGAAUCCAAGAAGUACAAAGGGAAACAAUCAAAUUACAAACAACUGAAG